AUCUUUCCCAUCCAUGUCACAAAGAAUGGCUCAGGAAUAAAAGACUAUUAUCAUUGACUACCAGCCAAGUCUUUAUGCAAUAAUCGAUCGAGGGAGCUGAGAAAUUGGGGGUUAAUGUCAAAGGAAUAGCUUGCUGUUGUCUGCCAGACUGAGAUUUUUUUGUUGGUCGGCAUGGGCAGCCGUAGCUUGUUAGCUCUGUUCAGCUUGCUGAUCGCGUGGUCUUUGGAGUCUGAAGCACGUAAGUAAUUUUUAUUUGUAAUAUUACAUAAAUGACUUCCCCGCCGUGUUUUUACGACUCUUGUGGCCUUCGCCUACAUUACCCUGCUGUUAUUGUGAAGCAACAUGCGUUACCGUGUUGAUGCCUAAGUUUCUUUUCAUUUGGAAACGACUGGACUAGUUUUUACGUUACUUCAUCAUCAAGUCUACAAUACACAGUCUCAGGAAUGCCUUAAAUUUUUAUGAUGUGAAAUUAAUCUACCAAGUUGAUCACGUUUAGGCAUUUUAAAAACGCAUUUUCCAACCAAACAACUCUCGCCUUCAAGCCUUAAACUUCAUAAAUUUCCUGCUCCCCCGGUUAUAUUAUGAUACUUCAAGAAAGCCACUGCGUGAGGACAGAGGCGCUUUGUUUUUACACAUUCAUGCAAGCGUUACUAUUACGCCAUGUCAUUACGUUAUUCCUAUCAUUAAGUAUCCUCCAACCUUUGUCUCGCAGAAUCUUCAGUUCGUUUCUUUAUGGAAUUACACUUCAUUCGUUUAAGUAACAAUUUCAGGCUUGAAAAUUCUUUUUAAAAAUCAUCUUUACCUUAAAAGUAUACUUGAAUUUUGAAUGGAACUCCGCAGGGUAUGUAGCAAAGGGUACAGCUAACAAGCGACAAAUGCUUUUUAUGAAUUAACACUGAGUUGUUGCUAGAGAGGAUCCUCUCUUGAUUAUUGUCAGAGAAAUCAAGGAUUAUCAACACCCAUAACACCCAAUAUCGGAGGAUUGUAAAACUAAACUCCGCCGAUCUUUCUCAAAAGUAAAACUGAUUACACGAUGCUUGGGACUCUCCGAACAAUUUUUCAAAAAGGUUCACUUUGGAAAGACAUAUUUAUCAUAGCAGUGAUGUGACAGUCGAUUAAGCUAACCACAAACGUCUCUUUCGUAUCAGAUAAUGAUCCCACUGUUUAUUCAGACAGUUAAGCAUUGUUAUCGUCUAACGUGACGUUCACCUGUUUAAUUUUAACGCAGCUUUAACGAGUGCUUCUUUUCUUCUUGAUAUAUUUUAAACGAGUCCCACAUUUGUGUCGCUUUGGCGUGCAGCUGCUCGUUGAAAAAGCGUCAUUUUCUGUCUCAUUAAAUAUGGUAAGAGAGAGAAUAGUUAACCGAAAAUAUUUCUGUGUCAGAAUUUCAAGAGCUAAGUCACGGUUGCAAAAUUUUUCGAAAUGUCUGUGGCUCGUCAUCUGUAGUCCGCUCUAAUUUUAUCCAUCCCUAGCCACACUUGUUUCAUCUUCGUUUAUUACGAUUCAUACUAGCCGAAAGAGGUAGAGGAUGUGAUAUUUUUGCCGAGGAUCCACUUAGUCUAUAUAGAGUUAAGGUGGUUAUAAUACUAAUGCAAAACGAUAUAUUGGAUAACGUUACGUAGUGAAGGAGCUGUAGACAAAUGAGACCGUUACUCCCUCUUCUUACGCACAAGCCAUGCAUUUCAAUACCUGCUUAUCGAUUGAUUUCUUGGUUUCUACUUCUUUGACAGAAUUCCAGGAGAAUUAAUAAAAAUUGUAAUCGUAAAUUAUAAAAUUUGUGAUUUUUCAAUCAAGGCCAGUUUGUGUCACCAUGUUAAAGGUGCUUCUAUUUCAGUCGGAGUAUGUGUAAAAAUAUUUGAAUAAUGCCGUUCAAAAAGCACACGAGAUAAGGAGAAACUCAAAGGCUUUUAAGAACUUCUGUUAUAAAUAUUUCAAAUAUUAAUUACUAAACGCUGAUGUAUGAUUUCGUGUGAUAUUAUGAUGGUGUAAAAUUGAUUUAUGAUAACUAGACAAGGCUCCUAACGGGACGAAUAACGUUUUCUUUCGUUUACUUGCGGAUAUGAGAAGCAUAGGAAUGAGUGAUUUAGGGAUUCGAUAUGCAAAUUUUGUGGUGUUAGCACCGCCUGAGAAGUCUUAAGAGGGCACGCAUCUUAUCAGAUAUGGUGGACCAAUUGUUAACCAAAAUUUAAACUAAUUACCCAACCUCUUAGGAACUUACUCAUUUUAGGAGAGUAGGUAUUGAAUACCAAGUUUACUUUUCCAACUAAGGACUUCUUAAAUUACGUUCAGGACAAUAUGUCCACAAGUUCACCAUAUUGUCACUUCGAUUUAGUACUGGACAGUAAUUUUAAUUUCCAUCCGUUACUAUUUGAUAGAACUCUUAGGUUGCCCCCCCAUCGAUCUUGGAAUAUUGUUGGAUAGUUCAGCAAGUCUGAAUCUGCCUGGGUUCGACAACGAAGGAAGCAUAGAGACGUUCGUGAAGGAACUUGUUGGAAAUUUCGAUAUUAACCCUGGUAUCAAUGGAACUCACGUUGGGAUAGUCCAAUUUGACAGCUCACCAAAGUUGCUGUAUAAAUUUACUCAAACUCAAACUCCUGCUGCUGUGGAAGCUGCAAUAGAGUCAUACAAAAUUGGAGAUGGAAAUACGAUGCUUAAUAGAGGCAUUGAUAUGAGUAAUGAUGAACUUUUUCAGACAUCAGAGGGAAUGAGAGGACCCGAAUAUAAAAAGGUAAGGAAAGCCGGUCCAUUCCAAGUUUACUUUUGAUUUACUUUAUCUGUGACGGGCCCAUAAAGGUGCGUGGUUAUAAUUCAGGGCCCAGUUGUUCAAAUGGUGCAUAACUGUGCUAUGCACUGGAUAGAGAUUUAUCCUUUGGAUAGCGUUAUCCACCUUUAGAACAACCGGGGCCAGGACUAUAAUCCCACGUGUACCAUUGUCAAACGGCCCAUUUGCUGAAUUAUCCAAACCUCGACUUAAGAUUCCCUUAGCCACCGUGCCGCCAUGGCAGCCAGAACACGUGCGUUGAUGGCAAGCUGAACUCCCUUAAAAAUCUCGUUCAGUUUAAAGUUUGUUUUUAUCGCUCAAAUGUUUUGUUUUGUUUUUGUUGUUAUUUUUGUAACAACGUAUUCAAUUACUCUGUGUGAAGAGUUGGAAAACCAACAUACAAACAAAACAAACUUAGGGGCCCCAAUUAAAAAUGUUAUUAAUCUAGUCAUGAACGUGGACCAUUGAACAAAUCUGAUUCGCCCGCGGGGAAUCGAUUCUCAAACGGCAAUCUAGGAACUCUGAGGAACAGAUAAUGUCCCGGACAAAAAUUUGAGCAUAUGUUCGGUCCGAUUUAAACGUGAGUGUGGUCUUUGUGUAAUUGUAAUACUCCACGCUCUGUUUAUCAGGACUUUAUGCCUCUGUAAGUUCAAGUUAAAAGGUUUUUGCAGUUUUCUGAAGGUUUGUCUUGAUUAUUACUGCCUUGCAAAUUCUUUAAUCAUUUCGGAUUCUGCCACUUAAAUUUUCCAAUAUAAAAGACACUUUACAUAUUAAAUGGGGGAAUCCAACUCUAAACCAAUAAACAUCUUGAUUUAUCCCUUUUGUUUUCGUUUAGCUUUUCCUCAGGUAUUUUAUGGCGCAUACUUUUUAGUGCAUACGAAACAGUGAAAAGCGUUGAGGGCGCACUCUGAUUGGUGACUCAAACUCCGAAUAUUGUUAGCUUGUCAUCUCCGAGAAACGCACGGUGAUCUCCGAGCAACGCGGGACUUGAGCCCGAAAGUAUUGUAUUUGUAGCGGGAAUCGAUGAGUCCAAAUCAUCUUUUUGUGGUAUAUAUUUUCUCGCCGCUUUGCGGCUCGGUAAAUAUCCACCACUAGUCACCUCCACUUCGGUAAAUAGUUGUCACUUACUGCUUUUCUGUUCUUCCUUUGGAUUUCAUUCAAAUUGUUUACGAGUUGUUUAGUAUAUUAAAUUUUAUGGUGUAAUUUAAUGACGUAUCCAUUAAUGAGUACUUAAUGGUUCAACGAGCCUUUUCAACUAAAUUUAAAAAGAAAUGUCGAAACGCGUUUUGCAAACUAGUGAAAAAAUAGAUUCCGUUUUUCCGUACGUCUGUCUUAUAAUAGAUCACAGAUGACAUCAAAAUGUGGUUAGAACAAAAAAGUGGUACACGAAAGCGCAGCCGAGUGUGUUACUGAUGGUCUUGCCAUAUUUUUUCGUCUUGUGUGAAUUAUUACUGUAAUGGCACAAGCCUACAUGGAAUCUAUUUGUUUGAUAUGAUAAGAAAGUAAAUUGUCGUUAAUGGUGACGUUAUGUAUGCAACUAUACCUACAAUAGAUCAUAAGUAGGAACCAAUCAAACUGCAUGUAAGAUUCAGCUUGUAAAAUAAAAGAUGUUGUUUCAUCUGCUCAUUUUGUUUUCUUCAGGUGCUGGUUAUUUUCACGGAUGGUAAGCAGUCACAGAGCCCUUUUUUGCCAACUAUAAAUCCACAAGAUAACACAAAGGUUCUCAAAGACAAGAAUGUAACGGUUUUCACUGUUGGCGCUGGUACUCCUGAUCCGAUCGAACUGUUUGAAAUGUCCUCUGGAUAUCCCUUUGUUGUAGGGUUAAAGUUAAGAGAACCUGAAAAAGCCGUUCCUCCCAUUAUCAACCAGUUGUGCAAAGUUGAAGUUACGGUAAGUCUUGAAUUGUGCUAAAGCACAGAGGCUAGGCACAGGUUGACGACUCUAUGAGUUCAAGGUUAACUCGCGAGAAGGCCCUUAUCAUCAGCGCUACAGGACGCACUUUUUUUUUCAUGCGGGAGAGUUUGAGACGGCAGACUGUUUUUUUUUUCAUAGCAGAACACUCGCCGAUUCGAUUUACUCAAGGAUAAUAAUAAUAAUAAUAGUCUUUAUUAGUUCAUAAGAUAAAAACUACAUAUCUUAUGUUGCAAAACUUCCCAUUUAGAAGUAAGUUACAUAGUACGUACUGAUUAAAGAGCUUAUUAUUUUUAAAUGUUUACAGAAUACCAGUUAUAAAGCUGGGUCACAUUUAAAACUUAGGCGAUUAAAAUAGGAAUUCUUUACUCGAUCCGUGUUUAGUUUUGGUCGGUGACUAGAUCUGCGUCUUAGAUUGAAGGACUUCAAGGCUGCGUGACGCCAGCUUCUUGGAUUUGAUAUUUAAUACCAUUAAUCAUCUCUUACAUUUUGGUGUGAUUUUCAAGGGUUGAUCUCGACUUGAUUCAAAUAAAUUGUCAAGAUAAUAAGCUGAUUAAUUGGUACUAAGGGAUUUUUUAACCUACAGGUGUAUGGACCAAAAGGUGCACCCGGAGGAACAGGAGAAAGGGUCAGCGGAAAAUUCUUCAUUAUCAAUUAUGCAAAAUUUUCUCACUAAUACAUUAAACAAUUUUAUAUCAUACCAUUAUCCAUAUAUUCCCAUACUUAUGAUUUCUUUUUCGUUCUUUCUAUCUCGCUUUUUCUUCUCUCCUUCUCUGUCUGUCUGUCUGCCUGUUUGUCUGCCUACUUAUAUGUCUCUUUGUCUGUUCGUCUGUUUGUCUGCUCGUCUAUUCGUCACUUUGUCUGUCUGCUGUUUGUCUCUUUUUCUGCUCGUCUAAUUGUCUGUUUGUUUGCUUUUCUGUUUGCCUGUUUGCCUAUUUGUCUGUUUGUUUGUUUGUCUGUUUGUCUGUUUGUCUGUUUGUCUGUUUGUCUGUUUGUCUGUUUGUCUGUUUGUCUGUUUGUCUGUUUGUCUGUUUGUCUGUUUGUCUGUUUGUCUGUUUGUCUGUUUGUCUGUUUGUCUGUUUGUCUGUUUGUCUGUUUGUCUGUUUGUCUGUUUGUCUGUUUGUCUGUUUGUCUGUUUGUCUGUUUGUCUGUUUGUCUGUUUGUCUGUUUGUCUGUUUGUCUGCUCGUCUGUUUGUCUGUUUGCCCGUCUGCCUGUUUGUCUGUUUGUCUGUUUGCCUGUCUGCCUUUCGUCUGUUUGUCUGUUCGUUUGUUCGUCUGUUUGUCUGUUUGUAUGUUUGCCUGUUUGUAUGUUUGCCUGUUUGUCUGUUUGUCUGUCUCCCACUCUUCCAUUUGUUCUAUGCACUUAUCCAUUUCUUUAUCCACUGUAUAAAGUAAAGUUAUGGUUAUUAUUUUCUAAAUAAGGGUUUUCCGGGAUCUCGUGGAUUCCGUGGCGAGACAGGACCAAGUGGACCCCCGGUGAGUUGUCUUCGGGAUUGAUAUUAUUGCUUGGGUGUAGAAUUCUACCUGAUAGCGCGUUAUCAUGGUUAUACUGGAAUUAGGCUUGUUUAGUUGGAUAAAUGCCAACUCUAGGGCUUAACCGUUUACACCCCGGCAUAAGUGUGAUUGCUCUCCACACUGUUUUUCAUACAUUUCCUAUGGUGUUGAUUGGUAGAAUUUAAUUAACAGUCAAGAGCUUCUUUAGUUGGUGAUCAUUUCCUUUAUUCUCAUGAACUUAAUGUGUUGUGAGGAGAAAUUAAAUGCUUGUCACUCUUAGGGGUUAAUGGGUUCAUCGUCAUGUCACAAAUCAAAAGCUCCGUUAUCAUGGUGGACCACGCCUGCUGACGAACUUCCUUGGCUCGGUUGAAAAAUUCUAGUCAACACAACCAUUAGUUAUACGUACAUGAAAAAAAAAAUGUAAGCGUAAAACUAAAUCGAAUCCGUGAUAAACACCGAGAAGAUCGUGCAAUCUUCUGUUGUGAAAGAGGGAGCACUACAAAUAUUUCAUGUCAACAGGACUUCUUCGGAAUAUAUUCAAAACAAUAGAGGGACCAUCCGCUCUUCAUUCGAAACAAUCUCGGAAUAUUUACAACAUCAACUCGGUUGAUAAAAACAAAUUAUCUUGUUGUAUUUUCGCACCGACGCAUACCAAAGUUUCUUUAGAGACUAGCCCCCAUUAUUCAAAUUCAAACUGUCGAGUAGCACGCAGAAGGCGCUGAAUUGCGCAGGUACAACUCCAUGACAUGGGUAUUUCACCCUCUAGGAGUAGCUGGUACAUUGGCCCGGUAUCACUGUAAUCUGCAUACAUUAUUUCUUCUGAAAUGGAGGGCGUAAUCAUAGUCGAGGUCUGUUCAAACAAAUUGGAUUUCCUAGUCCACUUCCAUCAUGUAUAGUUUUUUGAGUUGUUUCAGAUGAUACUCAAGCGUAGGUAGUCUCAGUGAUCGAGAAUUAUCUGAAAUUUCACGGAAAAGAACUGCAUGUUACAGUCAAAAUCUCGCUUGGUUAAUGACCACCUGGGUCUUCAAAAGAUUUAGAGAGUUCCUACAAAAAACCACUAACGCGGAUUGUUUUUCUGUUCUUAGGGACCUGUUGGUAUAAGAGGACCAACUGGGCCUUCAGGACCUCCUGGACCACCAGGGCUACCAGCUGCCGCAGGUUCAAUAACAGCUGUAAGUGUUACUUGUUCAGCACGAUCCCGGCUUUGCAAACUAGCAAAGCUUAACUCAGGCCUGAUAAGUGAUUAGAAAAAGGCUAUAAGGAAUUUCUAUUUGGCAUUGAUUGUAAUCCAAGACUGUGUUGUCUCUGCUUUCGCUUGAUUAGUGCCGGGUGGGUCAGGAAAAUUCCUGUCACUCCCUCAAACAAUUACACAAUCGCGACUUCUCAAGCGGAGUUUUCCCGCCUUUUGCUUGAUUCUCUUUAGCUCAUCGUCAGAUUUUUCUCUUAGUUAAUUGUUGGUUAAGAAUAUAUGAAAGUCAUAUAUUUGAACUGCGGAUAAAGACGUGAAUGAAAGUGAACCUCGCAGUAAUGUGCACUACUUAGGCAGUAGUGAAAAUAAGGCCUGAAAAAAAAUUCAGGCCUGUACGGGAUUUGAACCCAUGACCUCUGCGAUACCGGUGCAGCGCUCUACCAACUGAGCUAACAAGCCAACUGGGAGCUGGCCAGCUCCCAGUUAGCUUCUUAGCUCAGUUGGUACUGCCUAAGUAGUGCACUUUUUUUUUUUUCAGGCCUUAUUUUCACUACUGCCAAAGUAGUGCACAUUACUGCGAGGUUCACUUUCAUUCACUUAGUUAAUUGUUGUAAUACUUUGAUUCUGAAAAAUAAAAAUCUCAGAUCAGUCGCUAUUUCUCGAAUAAUUUUUGAGUGUUGCCGACAACGAUCAUAUACUCAAGGACUAAUACAAAAAAAACAAUUUAUUUGAUGUUGAUAAAGUUCAAGACAAACGAAAAACCCAUGUUCUUUGUAAUAAUAAAACAUAUUAUUUGAUCUUUGCAGACUCUUAAUGGCCUCAAAGGGCCAUACAUGGUGCCCACCAUAAUCUCUGCAGGAUCUAUCAUUCCUUCUCCUGUAAGUUGAACUUGCUGAGCUUUUUCAAUCGUUCUUUUUAAAGGCUCUUACUUACCAUAACUUAGUAACAAGUAAGUUGUUGAAUCUCUACCUAAGCUGUCCAGACUGGAAACUAGAUCAGAAAUGAUCACUUGACAUAAACUUCCCAGCAAACUACCACUAAGUAUUCGGGUUGACAACAGUCCUAUUAUGAUCACUGUCAUGUUCAUCAUAGACUUUUCAUUCCGAUUGUGUUGUUUUUCAUUGCGAAUGUCUUCGCCGUAAAUAUGUGAGCUGUUAUUAGCCAAAUCAUGACCACCUUCAUUUCCACAAGAACUAGCAUGCCAACAGAAUUAUCAUUUUGAAGAGUUUAGACCUACUGAAAAACAGUAACACUAGGGAAAUGUCCCCGUCUUGAAUCUGUAUUCACUGUGGAACAAUCUAUAGACGCAUAUCUAUAACUCAACAUAAAAUAGCUUUUUAUUCUAUGGUUAAUAGAUUGGAUUGCAAGGACGUCAGGGUCAAAGAGGAUCAAUUGUAAGAAUGAUUUUGAACUUACAGUUGCGAUAUUAAUAGUACUGGCAAUACUUUAACCGAAUUACAUUUAUGAAAUCAAAUAUCAUCAAACAGCGAUUAUCCCUAAAGCUUAAUUCAUGGAGUUUUAAAGCUCUACUGGCCUUUCUUAUAUAAUAUCACCAAAGUAACUUUGAGCAGACACUAGUGUUGUUUUAUUCAUUUUUUUUUGUUUUGUUUUGUUUGUUUGUCUGGUUUUUUGCUUGUUUUUUGUUUUCUCAGAUGCCACGUGCACCACUGCCUAAGUUUUUCUUAGUAUGCCCAGCUUCACCUUCAACGCCCUAGCAUCAGAAAGCAUAUUUUCCAUACUAUUUUCCAUACAUUUUGUAAAAAGCUAACUAGGAGAAUUUGUUUAACAAUCAUGAGCAAUUUUAGUUGCUGAUCAUUUCUUUUAUUCUCGUAACCUUAAUGUUUAAUUUAGGAGUGACGUUGUGAGGAGAAAUUAGAUGUUAGUCGAUACUAGGUGUCAAAGGAUUUAGACAGGAAAAAACACGAGAGCGUUGUUACGAACUCCAAAUAAUCGAACAAGUUAUCUCAAUUUUGACGAUAUACGCGCUGUAGUUUCUUUCAAAUAUCUGAUAAUCGGCUUUUCCAGGGUGCUAUUGGGGUUGCUGGAAUAACUGGACCGGAUGGAGAACCAGGAAUUCCCGUGAGUUAAAUUUUCCAUCACCUCAAUUUCAAAAAGCAAAUGUUUCAUUCAAGUAACGCCUUUUCAAAUACCCUAUGCUGUUUGUUAUCAGGGAGCUGUUGGACCGCUUGGAGCCAGAGGAGAUGCUGGAUUCCCUGGGAUUGACGUGAGUGUCACUAAUCAUCAACAUAACUUCCUUUUGUUGCUUAGAUAUUCCUUUAUUCAUUUGGUUGGUACCUAAAUGUGAACAUCUUUUUCUACCAUUUGUCACAGCCUCUUUUUGCAUUUUAUGGGGGUGAUGUGCGUUCCUCAUGCCAGCACGCUUCACUCCAGACCGAGAGGUCCUGGUUCAAAUUUUGGCUCGGUCACUAAGUUGUAUUAUUACCAAGUUUCAAAAAUAUUUUCCUUUUUAAUCCUACUUAACAGGGAGACCCUGGACCUAAAGGACAAACUGGGCCCCCAGGCUAUCCAGGAAGUACGGUGAGUCACAGUCAACCCAAAAAUACACUCCCUACAGUUUUGGAAAUAAGUGAACGUAGGUUCUAUUUCAAAUAAUCACAAAAAAAAUAAAAGAAAUUGCAAAAGUUAAUAAUGUCGAAUUUCUCGCUCAGAUCAAAGGUAGACACUGUUACUUACUUGCUAAUUCAAUUCAAUUUCCUAGGGGGGUAUAGGUGAUGUCGGUGGAACAGGUGCCCAAGGAUCAAGAGGUCCAAAAGGUCGAAGCGGAAGGACUGGAGCUGAGGGAGAGAGAGGAGAAGAUGGUUAUGUGGUCAGUAAAGCCUUAGUUGUCCGAUGAUAGUUACAUGUAAUUUACUCUCGUUGCCUAAUACCCUCCUUCGCUGCUGUCAAAUGGCUUCUUCACGUAAGGGGAAGCCACACGUUGUGUGACGCCACCAAACAAAGGCUGCAAAGGAGACUGAUCGAACGAUCACGCCAUGAUUUUGCAACGUCACACAAUGCACUUGACAUUUAGUUGUAACGUUCAUGUGUGAUGAUUCAUAGUGAAUAAAAAAGAUGGUAAUUUUUUAUGCUCGGCCCUGGCCCUCCGAGGUCUGUGUCUCCAUUUCUCUUGGGAACAUAUUAUUUGUCCCAUGCUCUUAUCAAAACCAAAAAAAUUUCCUUUCAUGUCACAUGCCAUUUUGUCAACAAAGGGCACGGUAUUUAUUCGAUAAAGCGCCCAACCUCGAAUAAGCGCCCACCCCCUCCCCCCGCCCUCUCCUUCUCUUGUAGUCCUUUCCAUAAAAGACCCAGCUGACGCUGGAAUUUCUUCCCUGAUAAAGCUUAUCCUAACCGUUAUUUAAAAGGUUUAACUUAAUAUUAGUGUACAGUUAAAAAAGAAAAAAAGGAAGGGACUCAUUUACUUAAGCAGAUGUAUAAAAAAUUAACUGACAACGACGGUUCAUUUAUUGCAGGGUCAAAUGGGAACAGUGGGUCGACCAGGGAAGGAUGGCGAAAUGGUACGAUAUCAUUUGCUUGUUACUCUACUUGCUUCGUUUCUAAGCUUGAUUUUCCGUCGAUUUCUUGGGUCUGGCCUCCAUCCUCCCGACAAGAGGAAGAGCACCAGCUCAAUUCCUAAACAGCGGUUGAAAAUUGAGCCUACCUUGUUUCCUGUUCGCUUGCUAAUUUCCCGGUUAGAAUUCCCUUGUUUCUAUCGGAUGAGGCCAAGACUUCAAUGUUUUUGUGUAGUACUUAAAUGUUUAGUGGAACUGGUUUUUCGGAAACAUCUCGAUAACUGAUGAGUUUGGUGAAAGUAAUAUACCUGUUUUCAGCCUGAGAGCAAACCUUAUAAUUAGCGAUUUAACACGAAGGUUUCUUCACCUGCGGGAAAGAAUGACGCCCUAACCUUUCACACUCUGAAAUCAAUAUUCAUAUUCUCCAUACUGUUUUCUGUACAUUUACUGAGGUGUUGACAAGGAGAAUUUGUUUAAUAAUCAAGAGUUUCGUUAGGUGGUGAUCAAUUCCUUUAUUCUCAUGACAUUAAUGUGUGAUUCAGUGGUGAUUAUGUAUGGAGAACUUAGACGCUAGUCACUCCUAGUGGUUAAAGGGUUAGGUAACGCGAACCGGCGAGAUAUCUGCAAAGGGUCUAGCACUGACAAUAAGUGCCAGACGUCUCAAAUCUUCCCGCUGACAGCCGCGGAAAAACGGAUGUCCUGCAGCACUAAUAAUGAGGGCGUGUGCACAGGCUUACGGGCUCUUUUUUCUUUUUUUUCUUUUUUCUUUUUUUCUUUUUUCCUUUUUUUUUCUUUUUUCUUUUUUUUCUUUUUUUUUUUUAACGAAUGGGGUAUGUGUUGAACCUCUACACUAAACUAGAAAUUUUUCUCAAUGCCGCAAGGUUGAAAGAAAGUCUUCGUUUAUUUAAUUUUCAGGGUCAGCAAGGCAAGAGCGGAUUUUCUGGAACAGUCGGAAAUCGAGGACAACAAGUGAGACCAAAGGAAUUCUUGCUUGAAGAUUUAAUUCACUUUGGAGCGCUUACGUGAGAGUGUCAAUAGGGUUAACCUAUAGCCGUAAACGGCCGAAAAAAUUUUAGCGGUUAGGCGUAAAAAUUGACAAAUUUUAACCUUUAGCCGUAAAAAAAGGGUUAGCUGUAAAAAAGAAAUUCUAGUGACUACAACGGAAAGAUAUUAACCGUUAGCCGUAAAUUGACCAAAAUUUUAACCAUGUAUACAACCUUGUACGUUCCCUUAAAAAUGGAUGAAUUCAUAAAUACCAUUAUAUAUCUUCCCUUAAAUACGUUUUAUGUAAUUUAGAAACACCAUUCUUCUUGGCAUAACUCGUUUCAGUUCGUAUUUACACUUAAAGCAUUCAUCGUUUCAUUAAUUUUGUUUACCGCGUCAUUUAGGGUAUGCCAGGUGAGCAAGGUACGCCGGGAGAUGUGGGUGCACAGGUGAGUGUUAAUACAGUUAAAGAUCGUUGUAACUGUGUAUCUCUGUUCUCACUAUUGUUGUUGUUUUGGACCAUUUCCACAGGUGACAGAGCUCUAAACUCACCCCUUACUCCCCACCGACAUCGUGGGUGGGGUUGGGGGAAGGGGCAGAGCGCUUUACGUAUACUUGCGGAAAUAACCGUAAGAGCAGCACAAAUUUUGCCGUGUAAAAAAUUCAGCCGUAUGAUUUUCUCCAUAAACCGUUCAUCAGGAUCGAGCUCGGAGAAAUUUUUAUCGUAAAAUUGUUUAGAUAAUUUCUUCAGCCUACGAACUAUGUAGAAGACAUUUUAAGAGAUUUGGAAGGAGCAUUGCUCUUCGCCCCGUAUGCGAUGAGCCCCUUUUCUUAACGUUUCAAAACGCUCCACCAUCUUUUCAACCAUUACCAACGAUACCAAUAAGCCUUUAUUUUGAUUGACAGGGUGUUACCGGUCAAACAGGUUCCCCGGGGGCACCCGGUAUUGCGGGACAAAAAGGCUCUUAUGGCAAUCCGGGCUCUUCCGGUGACGUUGGCUACACUGGUGCUACUGGGGAUACGGGUCCUCAGGGACCCCAAGGAAAAAACGGAGAACUGGGAGAACAAGGACCAGGGGGUGAAAAAGGAGCCGAGGGUGCAGAGGUAAGAGAUGAACUAGACUGCUAUGACUUUAAAGUCUUUUGCUUUCAGCGUAAUUAUUCAAGGAGAAGUUUGCUUCAGAAACGAAAAUGAAUUUAACCCCUACCAUCAAAAUACAAACAUGAAGUUAUGACACUUUUCACUUUUUGAGGUUUUAAAGCUUCCACAACCUUUUGAAGGAUUUAUUCAAGUGUACCAUGAAAUUCAUUCAUGGAGCCCACCAUUUUGAAUCGUGUUUAGCAACCUGGCCUCAUUCCUCUCUUUGUCAGUGUUCCGCAAUUGGUUUUGAUAUCAAGGAGCUGCAAAGCAAGUUAAAAACAAAGUUAACUCUGUGGAAUAUCAAAACUCGGUAAAACUUUUAAUAGGUGUUCGUACUUGUUAGCGGCAGAGAUAAACAAAAUUAUAUGGUCUCUAUAACAUACCUCCCCUCUCGGUUGACGACUUAGGGUGACUUCGGACCACCGGGAGAACAAGGAGAGCAAGGCCCCCCUGGAGAGCAGGUAAAGCGAUAAACUAGAGAUUGUGUUUUUUGAUUAUAGGACAGUAAAGUUUAAACCAAAUUCAGAUCUCGAGCAUUUUCCAAAAUUGUGUGAUUUAACAAAAAUCAAGUAUAAAUCUUCAACGAGCCAAAUCCGCCCCGACAAACUCGUAGCCAUUCACGCCAAAACUUAAACAUGUUUUGAAGAUAUUUUGUUGAACAGGCUUUAAAACUAUUUUCGUCAUCGAAGCUGCUCAGAUAAAUAUAUAAGUUCACUCCAAUUUUAGCAUAUCGAAAACACAAGUUAGUGACUUAUUGAUUGCUAUCGAAAAUUCAGUUUUUCAGUUCUCUGUAUUUAAUUUUUAUUCAGUUAAAUACGGCUUAACUAAACAUGUCUUGUGAUGUGAAAGGGGCAUAAGUUUAUAGAACAAUGAAGAUUUCUAUAUGUCGUCACUUUUACCGUUUGGUGGUUGAAUUUAGCAGUACAGUUAAAUUGCUUCGUCAACAGUCAAGGGGAGUUUUAUUUUUGCCUGGAUCGUUUUAUCUCCUGAUAAUUUUAUGACUUUACAGGGUGCCCCAGGGGAUACUGGGCCGACAGGACCACAGGGAGGCCUUGUAAGUGCAAAUGGAUAUUUCUUAUAUUGGAUUCACGAUAAGGACACGUGUUUUAUUUCCAUACGUCAAUCGUUGGCCGGCAGAAUUGUCGUACCAAACAACUGGCGUUACUUAAGCUUUACUUACGAUCAAAAUUAUUCUUACAACCAAUAAAAACUUAGCUUUCUCACAACACUAUCACGUAACUCACAAUCAAACAUCUUUUUUUCAUUAGUUUCACCUCUCAUAGUUAGUAUAGGCUACAACAUGAUUUCGAAUGCACUUUGGUGUGAACAAGCACGAGUGAAUGAAAAAAGCAUAACAGAAAGUCAAAGCGUACGAAUUUUUUCCGCGCGAGUGUGCCAUUUGUAAUUUACACUCGCGUAACAUAAUAAAUGCACUCGUUUUCGGCCAAUCAGAGGCGUAUAGUUUUCUCAUGUAUAUUCUUAAUGCUUAAAUUGUACUGUUAAGUGAAACACUUGAAUCUACUAUCAAAAUGGCCGUUUGUAAAUAACUCUCCAUCCUUUGAAAGGGUUCAGAAGGACUUCCCGGUAAAGCUGGAUCCCAGGGAGCCAAAGGAAAACAGGUUUGCCCAGCCUUAAAGUGUUUUAAGUUUUUGGAAAUUUCCGUCCACUUUCGGUAGGUUCCGUCCACAUUUCCGCCCGAAUUCGGACACUUUCUGUCCGUUUCAGACGAUUUUUAACGACGAAAAUUUGCAAUUCUAGGGUAAAACAGGUGACCAAGGAGGCAGAGGGUCGCCAGGUUCUGCCGGUAAAAAUGUGAGUAGGUGUUUCUGCUUUCGUACGUUUAUUUCUCGUAAGAAAAUUUUAUUCUAUUUUUAACCUUAAAGGGCGCAAUCUGAUGAGUCUAUGGUGACAAUGAACAAAUAGUGGAUACUAGAUCAGUCCUUCAUCACUGUUUGGGUUUAACAUAUUUGUGUUUUUUAAUUCAUCUGUGUUGGUGCCUCCGUUGAUAUGACUCACUAACUCGCUGACUAUUGAUUGAUUAUUUUGUUGUUGUUUUAUUGCAGGGUAGCCCGGGUGGGCUUGGUUCUCCUGGUACUUUAGGUUACACAGGAUCAAUGGUGAGACAAGCUGUGAAAGAUGAUGUUAGUUUGCGAAUAGCGCAACCAUACUUGGAGAAAAAGAACUCAGAUUGAUCCCUAUAGGUGCUGAAUCCACGACCUCUUAAUAACUUCUUCGGUUGCUCUACCACUGAGCCGAAGGAGACUCAUGGAAGACUAAGCCGUUUAACUAGAUCCAUAGUCACAAACUUACCUCAUACGGCAUGGCAAAGGAUAGGAAUGUCGAUAUGUAGUGCUUCUGCACAAUAGUGACGAUGAACAACUAAUUUGUUUGUUCCUCUGACAUAAAAAAUAUAGACUUUUGAAGCAGGUCUCAAUCAUUUUGAGCCCACAAUUCUGUUUCUACACAACAUGGAAUUGGCAAUCUACGCAACAAAACUCUACAUGGUAUUUAAAGUCUAUUGCAUUUUUCAGGGAGAAGCAGGCGCUCAAGGUGAAAGAGGGUCAAUCGGCGAGAAAGGAUUGCAGGUAUUGUCAUUUCAUAGGGACAUUCCGCACCUGAUUUUCAAGUUGAGACCCUGGCUUGCUUAAAUGUGGCAAUUUGAGGUAUAGCAUUAAUUAUCAUGGCAUAUUAAAUUGAUAUGUUUACUUUGCCAUCAUCUUUUCAGGGAAUUGUUGGAAAUCGAGGCUCAAGAGGAUCUCGAGGUCAAGCGGGCAUGCAGGUGUACCUAAGGGCUAUUCUCAGUUUUCUUUUUUUUUUUUUUUUUUUUUUUUGGAUAAUCAAAUUUUGAAAAUUUUUUAAAGCACAUCCGGUGCACACAAUACGAGUAAUAUCCUUUCCUUGUAGAUCGGUAUCGUAAAAAAAAUGAUGUCACAUGGUAUGUAUUUCCUUUAGCACAAAAAUGGAAAAUAAUCAACAAUGAAUAAAAUUGCUUUUCAGGGGGUACCAGGAACACAAGGUCUUACAGGAUCACAAGGAGAGCGGGUAGAAAAUUCAUCUUUUCCUCAAAAAUUGAAUGAACAAUCAAAUGUUUUCUUUUAAAUAAGAGGUUAUGCAUGGUAGUUAUAGCUGCCUCUAAAUUACUUCUAAGACAAUUGAAAAACGUUUACGGCCUAAAUUGAACAAAAUUUUUCUUGGUGAGAUGCAAAGUUAUUUAAUAUUUCAUAAUUCUGUGUAAUAUACCUACCAGGUGAUUUGUACAUUAAUUAAAUUAGUCUGUCUUUAUUUAAAGGAUAAAAUUACGUUAUAAAUAGCUUGUGAUCCUUCACUAAACCCUACCCGCGUUUUCUCUUUCCUUUUUUGCUCCGGUGUUACAGUAAUAAUUAUAUUUCGUUUGCUUUUUUUUGUUGUUUUUUGUUUUUUGUUUUUUUUUUUUGUUCUGUGAAAGUCAUUGGUCUCAUUUCAUACAUUAUGCAGGGAGGUAGAGGUCGAAGAGGAUCGCAAGGAAAGGCGGGAAAACCUGGAACUCCUGUUAGUAUGCAACCCUAAUGUUGGCUAGCUUGGUUUGUUCACAUCAUUUCAAUAGGUUUAUGUUUUUGAAAUUGCUUUAUAGCAUUAGGAGGUGAUGUAAUUGUUGUAUUUUUUUUAACCCUCUUUACUUCGUAGAUAAUUCUGCCAUUCCCGUAAUUUAUAGAGAAUUUUGAAAUCAUGAAUUUACCUGUUCGCUAUCGAACUUGUCACUGAAAUAGAUGAUAGUAAUCAAAUAAUAUUUUAAUUUCCUCAGGGAGCGCUUGGCGAAAAUGGCACACCGGGAACAUCAGGCCGGAUGGUAUUUAUAAGAAGAGUUACUAGUUCAAUUUUUUUCGUGGCUCAUGAUUAUUUUCGUGUUAAAAGUAAUUCUUAUUGUAUUCAGGGCCCUUCAGGAGUUUCUGGACCUACUGGAAUGCUCGGAGAAAAAGGAGCUCAGGCAAGUGAAUUGACCUUGUAACUGUGUCAGAUGAAUAUCCACCGUUCAUUCCAGUCCUGCAUUUCUUGUUCCUCCAAAUUUUCCGAGUAGCAGUUCGCCUUUGGACCUUGCAUGUCCAAUCUUUGAAAACAAUAAUGGAAUAUGGACUGAUACAUGUUACAAUUAUUUUUAUUCUCUUUUUUUCCCUUUUUUCGCUUUAGGGUGAGGAAGGUCCCCAAGGAACUCGUGGUGAGGCAGGACCAAUUGGGGCAAAGGUAAUAAUCAACCGAUUACUUUGGGAGCCUAUGUGAUAUAUGAUAUAAUUGGAAAAUAUUAGCUUCAACUAUCUUACAUCCAUGAAGCGCUGAAGCUGUUAUUGUUUUGAAAAGCAACAACAACAAAAACAACACCCCAAAUCUCUUGAAACAUCUUAUAAAAUACAUUUAUCUCAAAAACUGCUGCAGACAUUGCAUAGAGUGUUAGUUGUAUAUGCCACACAUGUCCACUCAUCAUAUUUUGUGGUCCAUGGCUCACGAGCUCAGCCAUCAGGGCCCGUCAGCCGCGAAAAAAAAUCGAGAAUUGCAACACACUAUGGCAACUUUCCACAAUAAUUGAUAUUUACCAGUGCAUUAAGCCAUAGACAAAUUUGAGUUAUGAUAUAGAGAUAGAUUAAAUUUAAACAGAUGAAAACUUUGUCUUAUAGGGUGAGUCAGGACCAACUGGGAACCAAGGCUCACGUGGAUCGAUGGGAGAGCAGGUUUGUUCGUUACAUUUUUAUUAUUAUAGUAUAUUGUUUAUUUGAUAAUUCAUUUUGCUUGACCCUCCGAAAUCCAUUUUAACCUCCUCACAAAAAAUGAAUUUUGUCAUGGUAUUCCUGCGCAGAAUCCCUCUGCAAGAUGCAAAAUUUGUAGAACUAAGUAUUAAACUCGACACGAAAGGAAAACAGCAGGAUAGUUUUUUUAAUUUACGAAUACAAUUCUACUGUUUGGUUAUGGUCUGCCCUACGCUCUUAUUUCAGCUGUGCUCCAUAUGAUGAUCGCAGGGAAAGCAGACAAUAAACGAACAGACAUGUUUUUGUAUUGUGCAAAGACCAAAUAUUCUCGACCCCCUGGUGCUAGAAAAUAAAAGCAAAGUAUAAUAAUAGCCAUGUUCUGGAAUUCACUGAUUUGGAUUUUUCUUCUUUUUUUGUUGGUUUCCUUUAGGGAAUUGAAGGCCCUGCUGGAGAAAGUGGAUCAACUGGAGAAGAUGGUGAUCAGGUUAGCUCCUAUGGAAAUAGAUAAAAUAUUUGGGGACCUCCACUUUGUGCAAAAAAAAAAUAAUAAUAAUAAUAAUUAUAUAAACUGCUGUGUUUUACAAGGAUUUCCAGCACUGAGAAAAGUCGAGCUGCACACGUGUAAAGUAAUGAUAAUUUUGAACAUGUAUUUGAUAUUGCCAAUUAGCUGCUGACACGUCGCUCGCCUUUUUGCCAUUCUGGUCAGGUUGACGAAUGAAUGGCAAAGCGUUCACCAUUCUCAAUCCAAGGUUGUUUGUCGAAAUUCUUUCUCUUCUUUCUAGUUAAGGCCUUUGGUGUUUAUGUAACAAACAAAGUAAUACAUGAUUGCUUGUGGAAAUGGAAUUUCCCCUCUCGUGUUCAACUCAAAGACAAAUUCCAUCUCUACGCGUGCCCAUGUUUACGAAAUAUGUUGAAAUCUUAAAAAUUGUCAUCUACAUGUUUAUGCUUGUAAAUCUAUAACCGCUCGUAAACAAUUCAGCCAGCUGGUGUAAGCUUGACGUUUUGACCCUAAUUUUUUUCCUUGAUGCCUCGAAAAUCAGUCAUUUCAACCAAAGUUGUUAAAAGUGCCUGGUCUCCAGAAGUGCUCUUGUUUUUUUUUUUUACUAUCAUAUGUACCAUAAUUGUAACAUUAUUGAGUCAUUACUAAUUUAAAAACUGUCGAUUCGACCAGUAAAAUGGCGAAACCUUGAAAUUUCAAGCAAUGAAAUAUCGAUUUGAUUCUUUCUUCUUGUUUAAACCAUCCUCUCUUUCUGAAUGUAAGGGACCCACGGGGACUCCAGGAGAUGUUGGAAAAGUUGGUGUUUCUGGAUCGGAGGUUAGUACUGGUUUUGGAUAUUUCCUGAAUGGCCUGGGAGUCACUUUACAUAUAUGGCUAACAUAUGGCAACAGAACGUUCUGUCUGUAAUCAUACUGGUGGUUAACCGGUCGGAUUCUUGCUUCACAGUCGUCACCGAUUUUGUUAAUCGUUCGUAUGAAUACAGACUGAGUUUUACUUUAAUUAGUGAAAUUGGUAUUAUUAACAUCAAAAGAAAUUCGCAAAUAUUAAACCUGUUUCUUCUUAAUUACUAGGGUGCAAAGGGAAAUGCUGGAACAAGUGGCCUGCCUGGAAGAACGGUACCUCUAAUUAAGAACUAGCAUCCUUUUGUUAUAUCCGCAAAGAAGCAUGUUGCAGAAUACAAUAUGGUCUUUAUCAUAUGAAUUUAAAACACUGGUAAAAAGUUCAAGACAUAUUCAAAAAAUAUCUUAAAAUCUGAUGCAUUAUUUUGAAUGAGAACUCUAGCCCUCAUCACGGGAGAGUGAUGUGAAAAAAUUUCCAGAAAAAUAAAAACGAUUGUAUUUGCAGUUCAAAUGUAAUGUAAAUUUGAGCAAUUGUUAUGAUAAUUAAGUCUUUUCCUCGUGUGCCAAAUGAAUGCCAUCGUCUCGAUUCAGCGGAUUCCUGCAUGCAAGUGUUUAUCUUCGAUGCUUCUACAAGCCUUUGGACCGCCAAUUUACACUUGCAUGGAUAUUUUAGGCAGAAGUUACGAAGGCGUCAAAGGGUUAAUAUGUCUGUGUUUUCAGGGAGCGCCUGGGUCGUUUGGGUCACCAGGAUUAUCUGGAGAACAAGUAAGUAAUGUUCACACGCGGCUUGGUGCAUGGAAAUAAAUUUUAGAACGGAUUAAUUACCAAGAAGAACGUUUUUGUUCUAGGGACCUGAUGGACGAGUGGGGGAACGAGGCGAUGAGGGCAAAAGCGGCCCGGCGGUGAGUAACAAUUACAUGCAUUGGAAAUAAUCGCAAGUUAAGAAGAUUCACAAAAACUGUUUCUUACGGUUCUUUUUAUGUUAAGCUCCAUUGUGAUCUGUGAUCAUCUACCAUAUCGAUUAUUCGAUUCUGUAUCCGAAUGCAUUUAUUGGAUAAAUAAUACCGCUACAUUUACUUUCCCUUGGUAUAAAUACAAUUGUAACUGUCCGAUAACUGUCUCCUGGCCGUUCUUAAAACAAAAUAUAUCCUGCCCGUGGUACAUUACUGACCUCCAGUACCGCUGCUCUCCCCGACUUCCCCUUGGGAAGUCUGGAGUCUGUUUUAGAAAACACCCUUGUUUCCUUUGAGGCCAGAAGUUAACACUUCUAAAGGAAAUAUUUAUAUUCUUAAAGUAUAUAAUCACACUUUUUACGAUGUAAGCCACUGAAUUUUUAUUAAAAUCGAUACCGUAUUACGCCCUCAUUUCCUAUAAAAAUUAGGAAAAUACGCUUCUAAAUUUCUCCUUUGACGAUUUUAACUUUUAGCGGUUCUGUUUAACUUUAAGGGACCACCAGGGCCUAUCGGCGAAGUCGGUGAUGUUGGAAGUCAAGGACAGACGGUAAGGAACGAAAGACGCUUGACGUUGUUUGUCGAUAUUGCUUCCCCAUGUGCAGUAAAUAGAACAUACCAAGUCAUAGAAAGGAUAAAUCGCUCAAAGAAAAAGACGAAAAUAUCUACUUUCAUUUCUGAGGUUUUAUUUUUCAGUGGAAGGCGAACUAAUAUGGUAGGGAGUCAGAUAAGAAAUCUAAGCUGGUGUUAAACGUGGGGGGAGCACUUGUUGAAUUGCGUACGGUAUGCAUGCUUCCAAGGUGCAUAAACCAUAGAAUCAACGCACGAAUGAGAAAAAUAGUGUGAUAACUUCACAGGAUAUAAUUGACAGCAUUAGUUUUCUAUUUUAUUGCAAUCAUCAGAAGCAUGCGAUCUAUGAAGUUGGAGAUAUGAAGCAUUCCUUCUGCAUUUCGAGGUCCGUCUCGACGGUUAUUGAUGCAGCAAGGAACAUUUUCACAAGUUUGGUUCUGAACCUCAGAGUUCGCAUGAUAUUGAAAUUAUCGAUAAAAUGCAACACGUAAUAAUUCAAAAAGGUUUUGUCAUCAUUUCUAUCUUUUUUCAUUUGCCAUUUAUGUGACAGGGAGGUCUCGGAUCACCAGGACCUACAGGACCCCCUGGAGCAAGAGGAGGAGAGGUAAAACGUCGUGACAAUGGUAGACGAAAGAAUUCUUACAUAUGAGGCACGAGUGCUCGAGAGACGGGCCAAUUAUAAGCCCACAGUUAAUACUGCUAAGGGAUUUUGCGCGUGAACAAGAUUUCAAGAAGCUCUUCGCUUGCAUUAACAUUUAUCAACGGUAAAACAACAAGAUCGAAUAUUGCUACAAUUGCCCAGUUUAUUUAACUGGAAAUACAGUCAUAUUUAAUUCUUCUGCUACCUGUGUUCAGGCUCAGAAAGAGAAGAAGCAAAAGAAAAAAUGCCGACUCAGUGAAAAUGGGAAGGCUUUUAAAAUCAUACCCUGUUCUGUGGUACACACUUAUUCAGGCCAAAGAAGAGAGUGUAUCUUUUAAUUAUAUGGACACCAAUAAACUUUCAGGGAAACUUGACGACAAGCUGGAGGUAAUGUGCGAUGGACUAGCAGCCCCUAUUUUAGAGGACUAAUAAAACUCAUUCUUUGAAAAAAAAACACUUCAAUUAACUUCACUAAUAAUGAGCCAAAAGGUUUAUGAUGGUUAAACUUUCGCUCCUUGUCUCUGUGCAACCGAAUAAAUAUUCUUGCCAUGUUCAUGUUCAUGCUUGAAAUUCUUUUUCUCGGUGUAGGGUGAUGCAGGACCAGUUGGUCGACGCGGCGAGAAUGGUGCUACUGGUCAAGCGGUAUGUGAGAACUAUUUUUCCUUAGAAUGUCGGGUUUUAAUGCUUUAUACUUUUGCAGUUUGUAAAUUGAGAUUGAUAACAGUAGAGACGAGUUUGAUAAACCUCCUAAGGGCAACCUCAAGCAGGCGAUUUCAUAGCACGAUUGACUGAUACUCCAGUGUUCCCGAUGCAAAACAGCAAACGUAGAGAUGUUGCACUUUUAGGCUUUGUAAUGGCGAGCAAUAUUUGCUUCUAUUGUUUUAAAUACACCCAGGGUGUCAGUGGCGAACUAGGAGAACAAGGAAUGACUGGCGAUAUGGGCGUCAAGGUAAGUGUUACCAGAGAUCUUUAAAAGGUUCAAUGUUGCAUUGUAUACGGUUUAUUGACCAAGAACCUGGAUAUCGGAAAAUAUUGCUACUGGUUUUUAUGGCUCGAGACGAAGUUAAGUAUAAAUGUCGAAAGAAAGCGGAGGUCCAUACAACAGAAAGUAUCGAGUCAUCUUAACCGAACAAACUUGAUUUAUUACGUGGCAAAUCGGUUACGCCAAGAACAGGACCAAAAAUGAAUUUUUUGAAUCAAAAUAUUCAUUGCAGCUGAAAGAAGUUUAAAACAGUUUUUUAGUAUGUAUACCGGUUACAAGGAUUAUGCAGGAUGUAUACCUGCUCACAUGCAGCCAACCAUGAUUUUAAUGAAACUGAUAGAUGAUGAGGAAAUGUAAGACCAGAUGAAGUAAAGAAUUGUGUUUGAGUGCGUAGGAUUUACUUUCUGGCGAUACGAUCGGCAUGAAUUGGUAGAACUCAACUAAAAUGUAGGUUAAUACUGCCUCACUUAAGUUAACUUAUUGUGUUUUUUGAAAGGGAAUUCCUGGGGACGAUGGAAUAAGUGGACAAAUCGGCGCUAGUGGAGGCUCAGUAAGUUUUCCCUGAAAUUACAGCUAUAUGAAGAAGAUCCCUGUACGCUCUUUCGAAUGCUAUAUUUAGAACCACUACCUCUCAGUUUUUAUUAAAGGAAUAGAUUAUACUCUCGACAUUUCUAUCGCGCAAUGUUUCCUCUUGCGGCCCUUUCACUCGGUCAAUAAGUUCAUAGUAUUGUACACUUAUUAGUAUUGAAACUCGUGUGAAUAAAGGUAAAAAUUUUUGGUGUUGUUACUUUUGGUAAAAAAAAAAGGAAUUAGUGAAAAAACAUUGUUUACGAGAGGUUCCUUACAGAGGAGAAACUUAAGUUAAGAGUUUUUUUCCAUCAUGUAGUCCCCUGUGUUUUCACAGACCACCGAGGUAAAUAAUUCGCUAAAAAAGACGAUUAAAUACGCCAGUUUUACUUUUUUAUAAUCCAGGGCCCACGUGGCGACCCAGGAACCAGCGGAUCAGCAGGUUACCCGGGUAGUCCUGUAAGUAUGUGACAAUCAGAUUUUCUUUUUGUGGCAUCAGAGUCUUAGAGCUCAAUUUAUUGAUUGUUGGAAAACUAACGACAAUCAAAGUAAUCAACGGCUAAUGCAAAAUAAGUGAAAUUUCAACCUUGAUUAAAUUUCCAUGAGAAAGAAAACCUCCGUAAGAAGCUCGAUUGUCCAUCGAAGUUUUGACAAUCCAAGUUUUUCCUCGUUAUGUUUUUCUAGGGACCACCAGGACCUGCAGGGAACACAGGAGUCACUGGGCCGAAUGGGGAAAAGGUGAGUGAAAAAUAGUUAGUUUAAUUUACGUUCACUUUCAUACAGCCAAUUUCCAUCUCAAUAAUACAAAAAAAGGAACGAAUCAAUCAAAUGACAUAUCUAACCUAAUAUGAGCUAUGAGCUAUUUUUGAUUUGUUAGGGAAAAGCAUUUGGGUUAUUUCUGAAUGUACUCUGUCCGUAAGGUUGCACCAAACCUAUAGAGCGUCAUAUCUAGUUGGGUGAAAUUCAGAAGUUGUAGAAUAAACUGUUAGUACAAGUAGUACAUCGUGUUUUUUCUUCAAUGUUUACUGAGUGGACUCUGUCCCCUUUUUAGGGCUCCUCUGGGGAGACUGGGCCGGCUGGUGGACCAGGGUCAAGUGGAACUGAGGUAGCGUUGACGAUUAUGUUUCCAGAAACCUCUAGAUUCAUAUAGUACGCCAAACUGUGAGAGUUAGUCUACGUAUUCAUACAUUCUUUCGCACGUUCUAUAAAAUGAUAUAAAUAAGUUAUUUUGAAAGGGAUAAAGCGAUAAACAGUCAAUUUUGUAAACUUAUUUGUGCUCUUUAGGGUGCGAUGGGUGACAUGGGACCCAAAGGAUAUCGUGGUGACAGUGGAGAAGAGGUAUUGACCGACUGACCAUAAUUUUUUCUUGAUAUGUCUCCUGUGUUUAGUGUAAAUGAAAAAUUGUUUAUUUCUUUACCUUGUUUAGGGUGGAGAAGGCCAACGAGGGCCCAUGGGAUUACCUGGACCUUCGGGAGCAGCGGUAUGUAAAAGAUGACAUUUCUAGGUGAUGAUUUUCAGAGAAAAGUAUGCUUCAGAAAGCAUUAUAUUCGUAUUUCCGCCAUCAAGAAGAAUAAUGGAAUUCAAGACAUUCAGUGCUUGACAUUCCAAAGAGAAUUUGAGAGAAACGAAGGCAUCAUGACAAGGAAACUGGAUUAUAUCAUUGGGUGAGGUAAUUUUCUUUUGUUCCUAGGCAAGGCACUCUUGUUAUGUCAAACGCAGUGACUGGCUAGGUGUAUCUCUGCUUGAGGGAAUGGAAUGGGGGCCACUAGCUAUGGACUAGUAUCCCAUCCUAAAGGACUAGCAAUACACAUGAACAGCGUAAAUACCCUCAUUAGGAAAGACCCAAUAGGAUGCUAGGACUUACCCUAACCUGGCACUGGACCACUUGCAUGGUAUACAAGAUAAUCAGGCAGAAUAAGAGAAGUAAAUUAAUUCUGUGAAUUUUUUCUUUGUUAUUUUUUAGGGGGCAAUGGGGAGUGAGGGAGUGGCAGGCACUAAUGGUCAACCUGGUAGAAAGGUAUUUGUAUUUUCUCUAUUACCAGUUUGUUUUUUCCCUUCAGACAAAGUUAUUUGACUGAAUGGGGGAGAGGGCUAGUCCUUCCCUGUUGGUUUCCUUCUUUUCAUUUUGAUUUGCUUGUACGGAUUUCUUCAAUUUUUUAUUUUAAUUUUCGUGGCAAACAAGUUUCUUUGUGAAACAAAAUCAGAAUUUCUGAUUAUCUAAGUACCCAGCAAGCACUUAAAUUUUAGUAAAACAUUUAUAAAUGGAAAACCUACCAUAAAUUCUUUCUUAGUUCUUGCUGUUUAACAAAUUAUGUUUUGUGUUUAUGAUCCACAAAGUUCAAAUGAAGUCACAACACUUUCAAUUUACUGGUUCAUUUGACCGCUGGGCACUCACACAGCAUUCUCACAUUGUUUCCUCUUUCUCGUUUUCAUGGAAACUAGGGUGAGGCAGGUAAUUUCGGAGGGCCUGGAGAUGGAGGACCCUCAGGAGCCAUGGUACACAUUUUCGCUUUUGUAUUGUUGUAGCCAGUUCAGAGUUUAUACAGAUGUUCCUGAUUCAGCGGUCAAACUUCGAAGAGAUCCGUGCGCCAUUUAAAUUAUUUUCCCCAAAAUUUUCAAGGAAAUCAUAAGAAGCAACUGCUGUCGCUUAAAAUAUGUAAGGGGGGGGGGGGGGGGAUGAAAAUGUCCCUAAAAAUCUGUAAAAGGAAACAAAAGUGAGGAUAGGAAAACUGGGUACUUUUCGCAAGGGUCCUAUGUAGGCGUUCAGCUAACUAACCGAUGUGCGUUAGGAGCGGAGGAGUAAAAAAACAACGGUUUGGGUCACGUAAUAAAUUACGCGACCCGACCCAAACCUCUUUCGUUGUUGCUCUCCCGCUUCUAUUACGCUGUUUACUAUUUCGUUCUCUUAUACCAACUGAACUUCUGGAGGAGAUCACGAGCUUGAGUUCAACUGAAAUUAUAAAUCUGCAUGUUCAUGGUUCGAUCAGACUUAACAUGCUCAUGUUCAAGAAAAGUUGACUUUCCUUUUUGAUGUCGUGUUAAUGAAUUAAAUCUCUCAUUCAUUCUGAUUAUAACUCAAAUUUUCAUUAACCCAGGGUCGCCCUGGACAAGAUGGACCACCUGGAGACCCGGGCUCCGGUGGACCAAGUGUGAGUAGUAAAUUCACUUUUUUAUCAUCAUUUAUUCUUUAAUGAUAGCGUCACAAGGUAAGUGUUAACCAUUUUCACCCGACCAUCAGUAUUGAUAUUCUCUAGACUGUUCCCUAUACCCUUUCUUAGGUUCUGACAAGUGGAGUCUGUUUAACAAUCAAGCGCUUCUUUAGUUGGGGAUCAUUUCCUUUAUUUUCAUGACCUUAAUGGAUGUCACAGGGGUGGAAUUGUAAGGAAAAUAUUAUGCAAGUCACUCGUGGGGGUCAAAGGCAACAGGAACUUGUUACUAUUAUAAUUUUUUUUCAGGGAACAGCAGGACCCGCGGGACCAUCCGGACCACAAGGGGCUGUGGGAAUGCGGGUAUGACACGACUCGUAAUCUAAUUGCUAUUGUUAUCUCUUUGUGUCCUUAAAUAGAAAAAGAAGGAUCGGACGAUUCUUGUGGUUUGAUUUUUACAGGGAAGCGUUGGUCCAACUGGAUCAAGAGGAGCUGUUGGCAGCGAGGGAGCAAAGGUGAGCGGGCGUUAUAUCAUUCUUCACCAGAAUUUGAAAUUUAAAAACACUGAUAUAGGAUUUUUUAGGAGGUUGACUUUACUUCAACUCAUUAAAAGUAGCAGUAAGGUGUGUAGAAGAACACACGAUACACUGUGUUCGCUUGCCUCUUUGUUCGUUUGCUCACUGAUUUUCUCAUCAAGUGUUGAAAAUUUCUUAAGUUUUUAUAUUUCAAACUACAGUUUUUCUCCCCCUUCCCUCCCCUAAUAUAUAUAAUUUUUUGCAUUCAUGCGCGCUGCACGUGAUCUCACAACAGGAGCCAGUUACGUCCACAGACUUUGGCAUUCGAAAUUGGUGGGGAUACUUUCGUGUACUGUUGUUGUUUUUUUUCAAACUUUAAUAUUAGUAUUUGAUCUUUCUUUCAGUAAAAAUUUGUUUCUCGUUUGUCUUGGAAUGUUAAAAGUCUCGAUAUUUUUUUCAAACCAAAUGUUAUGUUUAAUCUAAUAAGUUAAUUAUAUCUUUAUCACGUAGCUGGGCUCUGACUAUUUUUUUGAAAAGGAUUUUUUUUAUGACAUGCAUUUACGAGGUGAUUUAUGCAACUACAUGUACGUUGUCUUCUUUCAGGGCGAGUUAGGAGAACCUGGAAGUGACGGCAAAGAUGGAGCCCGUGGAUCUCUCGUGAGUUACCAUUAUUCAACUAUUGUUACGCACAAAUUCUCAUCAGCAAAUGAAACCUUUACUGGUGAAACAAGAGGCCAUCAAAAUGACGAAUGUGUAUGAUGACGCUACCUCAAAAGAGAAGCGAGAAACAAGAACUAAGCAAUAAAGCAAUUUUCGAUUGAGAGUCGAAAGGAAUUUCAUUGGUUCUGCGUUACUUCGUUCUAUGAUUGGUCCAGAAAACUCGCGCCUCUCUCUUAACCGAUCAGAUGCAAAACUACAACCAAUCACUACUUGAUUGCCCGCGUUUUCCCGCGCUUUAGGCAGAUUGGUUGUUUUUUGGUAUUACGACACUCGGUCGAAAAACGCUCCAUUAAUUUGAUGUUGUACAUGUGCGUCAUACGAACCACUAUCGCGGCUUGCAUAAAACUCCAGUUUCAAAGCAGCCCAUACCUGUUCCGAGUUUUCCUCACGUUCAAUACUCUAUUACCCUUCGUGCCAACAGAUUUUAACUUGAUUAUUUUUGACAACUCAACGCAGAGUUGCUCCACCAGUGGGAGGCCCCACCUAAAUGUGAGUGUAUUCUUCUUCUAGGGAAUGGCAGGACAAGAUGGAAUGCAAGGUGCAACAGGUCGACCUGGAAACGAAGUAUGUGUCUUUAAUGAGACGGUUUCUUUUCUAACUAACUGGCGAGCUCGAAAGUGUGUGAUACUCACUCACACGUUAUAACUGAGGUGACAUGUUUACUGACAUAUUUAUUGUGGUUGAUGAAUUUCAAACCAACUGAACAACUGACCGACUUAGUGAUUGACUUACAAACCAGUUAAACUGACUUACCAACUCGUAGAUCAGCGGACCAACUGGCUAGCUGAUUGACUGACUCUCCGUCUGACAAACCGACUGAUUGAUAGUUAAUUGGUCAAGUAAUGGGUCGUAUGGUCGACUGGUUGAUUUACACAUAGAUUCAUGUGUUCUUUCGUUAUUUCAUUGAUCCAAUCACCCAUUUAUUCUCAUAGGGUGAGGCAGGUGCAAGAGGAGAGCUGGGUACACCGGGACUUCAAGGGCCCAAGGUAUGCAAAAAUACUCAUGGACAAGUAUCAGCAGCUCGACGAGGGACAAAUUUUUAACCCUAUUCAGAUACAGGGUCUUUGUACAAAAAAAAAUGACAGAUGAGUCAAGAGUUACAUUCAGAAUUCAUUCAGUUACUGACGUCGUAAAGUUAAGACCCUGUUAAGUUUAAGAUCCUGUUAAGUUUAUGACGUCUUUAAGUAAAUGGCUUCGUUCGGCUGACAGCGUCCUUAAGUUAAUAACGUUCUUUUUUUAAUGAUUUCGUAAAAUUAGUCACAUUUAAAUGUUGACGUUAUCAAGUUAAUGAUGUAGUUAAUCUGGUGACAUCAUUAAUUUUUAGUUAAUGAUGUCAUCUGAUAUGGUAUUUGUGUAUGUCACUGCUUAAAAUGAAGCAUAAAUCUUGUUUUAAACCACAGGGAGAUCAGGGUCAAAUGGGCGUACAAGGUGAUCAGGGAGCCCAGGGAGAGCCAGGUCUUGAUGGGUCUCAAGGUGAACAGGGCAGAGACGGAACCAGUGGUGAUGACGUAAGUAGCACAAAUGUGCAGAGAGUAGUUCAAACUUGAUGCAAGAUUUGUCAUAUUUCACCGAUUUUAAACCCUAAUUCUCGAAUUACAUGCGCUUUGCACCGAAAAUUAUCCUUUCCGUAGUGCUUGUCCAGAUAGAAGUAGCGUUUCACGUAAAAUGGUUUACAAGUAGACACAUUCGCUCAGAGAAAGAUCAUUUACUCUUUGUGUUAAUAUACAACAUUGUUUCAACUUAAAGUCUCGCUAUUUGAGGAUCAGCAUAAAUGGUUCAAAGUGCGCAGGUUUCGAAUCAUCCACAAUAAAACACGACACUAUACUGGCGUGAUCAGAAAGACGCGCGCGAUACGCGGUUCAAUCGCGAUAUCAAGGGUAACUCGAGGAAAAUCUUGCAAACAUGGGGUUACUCUGAAGCACUUCUUUUGCAGGAACUCCUGUAUUUGGUCUUCGAAUUAAUUUAAGACAUAUGUAAUGCUGAUUUAAUUUUAGUAUUUAUUCUUAUUUUAUUCAGAAAUAGAAAACCAGUAUAUGGUCAACAGAGUCUCCAAGUGAUUGCAUGAAAGAUAUUGAUGAACGGACGCGAUUGAAACGUACCUAAUGGUCGUGUUUCUGUCGCUUAAUCAUGAGUAGCUACACGUGUAUUUUACCGAUACGUUUGCGCCUCAUCAUUCUGAAAGAACCAUUUAUAUCAAGUUAGAAUUUUUUUAUGCUGUUCAUAGGGAAACCCUGGACCAGAAGGGCCAAGAGGAACUACGGGAGAAGACGGAGAUCAAGUGAGUGAAACCAUUGAAAUAUUUGGCUCAUAAUUAGUGCUAUGUCACUUGGUGGAAGGUUCCACUGACGAGACUAAUGCAUUGGCAGUAUCAUGAGAUCAUGUAAGGCUCUUUAAGGGCUGAAUUGUUCGAGGCAUAAUUGACGCUAAUACAGAAUUAACUGAUAUAGCAACGCACGACUUUUGCACACAGCCCGUUAUUGAAAUUAUUCGGGUCUUGAUCAGCACGGCCCAGGUGAUUAUAGAAAUGCGCGCACUCUGAAUGGUCGAAGUUUACGACAUAUCUUAUUUUUAUAAAUCAUUGCUUUUAGUACUGAGGCGUACAGCAGUCUCUGUAUAAAAGAAAGAAAAUCAGGAAUUGUUGGCUAGUACUCCAGUAUUCAUGCCCAUUACUAUAAACGAAAACAAUAUUUAAAUGAAAAAACAUUUUAUCUUUUCGUUCAGGGAGACCAGGGUGGACCUGGAGGAGAAGGAAGUGAAGGCCAGAGAGGAGAAAAAGUAAAUAUUCUUGUCGAUUUUUUUCUCCUUUCAAAAACCUCCAAUGGUAAAAAUGUCCUCUUUUUUACUUUCACUUUCUUUUAUUUUUGAAUACAAACAGAAGUGAACAUAAUCGGCCCAAGCACAACUCUUUGUUUCGUGGUGCCCCUUGCUCCAGACUUUUGAACGAUACUGAGUUAUUAUACGUGCAUAAUUUUACGUCCUUACUUUGGUGCUUGAAUGUUUGGAUGUAGCACCUACAGUUUCCAUUAAAAUGAUAAAUUUUUUAAAGAGAUUGAAAGGCGUAAAACAGAAACCUUCCCAUUCGUUGAAUCACUGGAACUGAGAAUCAUUAGCGAAAUUAUGGCAAUAUGAUUGGAAAUUGUGAACUGGUGAAAUUUGGAUUGGAGUUCUACCCCCCCUCCCCUUCCUCCCUUUCCCCGCCACUUCCAUUGCCCCUUCCCUCUCCACCCAUCAUGACAUCCUUUUUAUACCAGUACUGUAUUUAACAUAAAAGUGGCGAUAGAGUGUGUCACCACUGUUCCUACCACAUUUUGAUGUCUUCUGUAACCUAUUACUGAACAAACCCACGGCAACAUAGACUCUAUUCUUUUUUGUAUGUCAAAAAAGCAAAUGGUGACGUCAUCUAUGCGUCUGCCUUCCAAUAGAUCAUAAGGAAGAAAAGGAGAAUUCACUCGAUAAGAAACAACCAAAAUGCACGUGGAAUUCAGGGAGAAUUUACAUAACUUCAAUAAUAAUGUUCAUGAAAAAAUUACGCACGUCUGAUCGGCUGAAAAGGAGUGCAUUCUCAUGUAACACGAGUGUAAAGUUGUAACACGAGUUCAAAUUACAAAUAGCGCGCGCGCUGUCAAAAUUUACUUCUGUCUGGACUGUGUGUGAUCUUUUUUCAUGUACUUUAUUACGGGCUAGAGCAGUUUUGUUCUCUUUGAAAAAUUAACUCGUGCUUAUUAACACCAAAUUGCACUCGAAAUCAUGUUAUUACCUAUACAUAAAUCUAGGGAGAAAGAGGCGAACUAGGGGAUCCAGGCCCAGAGGGAAGUCCAGGAUCUAAGGUAAGGUGACCACUAUCAUUUGUUUUACUCAUUGGAGGAGAUUCCUCAGGAUGCUACGAAAAAGGAAAUUCUGUAAAGUCCAUCUGUAAUGAAACGUGUCAGAUACUGUAACCAAUUACGGAUGGGUUAUCUUCGCAAACCACUGACAGCAAAGUCGUAUCCUCGAAGGAAGUUCAGUGCAAGAACAAUUUUUUUCCCUCAGUCCGCAAACAUAUUCGCUGGCUUAAAUUUUUUCUUUUUUGGCUCUUUGGUUUCUUUUCUUCCUUCCAUCAUUCCAAAAAUAAAUAGCUUUUUUCUAUGACAGGGCGCUCAAGGCGACAUCGGCCCUCCGGGGAGCACUGGAAAUGAAGGACCACAGGUAGGCCACCGUGAAGCUUAGUCAAUGAUAAAUAUCACAGGUCCACCAACUUUGCUCUCAGUCGACCCUACAUUAUUCAAAUGGCGUAUCUUUACCGAAAAGCAAAGGCUGUUUUCAAAUGCCCAAAAAAUGGUCUUGCAUGUUGUUCAUUUAACCAUAAAGGGCCGAGCCCGGCGUAGUUUGGAACAAUUUUUUACAUUAAAAUAUUAGCCUUCAUGACCGAUAUUUUCCGGUAAUUGCUGUUGUUUGUCUUAUUUUUAUUUUAGUGCGUGCUUGUUAUUUUGUAAUAUUUCUUCAGGGAACUGACGGGGACCGGGGAAUCCCUGGAAUAUCGGGCGAACAAGGAGAAGUGGUACGUGAUACUUGACGUUCAACUUUAAACUCCUAGGAUCAAAAAGCUUGGAUUCAUAAUUAUUUCCUGUAAGCAUCCGCUUGCGCUUUUACUGAAAGACGUAAAACAGGAGAUCCCCUUAUGAGGGCCGUGCGCGAUGACUCAAGAACACAACGAACAAACUUUGAGCGUGUGCGAAGAGAUCAAUUCUGGCCAGCCGCGCUCUGAUAUCCCUAGCAAAAAAAUUCUAAUUAGGCCAAGGUGUUUAAGGUAUCAAUGAGUGAAUAGUACGUUGUGAAAGUUAAUAAAGAUACGAACAGAACGUAGCAAUAUAUCUGGAAGUGGACUUGUCAUUUAUUGACUUUUCCUCGUAUGUUGUAGGGCUCAAUAGGCCCAUCUGGUCCAUCAGGAGUCAAAGUAAGUGAAACGAUUGAUUCUUAGCACUUCCAGUGAAGUCGUAGAUCAACCUACGGUUAGAAUUAAGGCAUUACGAAAGCUUAAGAUGAAAAAAGAAGCAUUUUUCCUUUUAUCCAUAUAUCUAUACUUCAGAUAAAACUUUGUUCUCAAGGCGCACCCUGCCACCCUUUGGUUUGCUUUACCCCUCGAACUCUGGCCGGGUCAUAAGGAAAAUGAAUUUAAUCUCGCAUUGUCUCUCACCCCCCCGAAAACUACAGGGAAACCUAAAGAAUAUCAGGGGGGAAGGGGGGGGGGUAACUUCGAUAGACUAGCAUCUCAUCUUAGGGCUUUGAUAAUACCCUUUUUCGCCUCAAGGUUAGUUACCUCUGAUUUUGCCUUCACCUUUUGACCUGUUGCUAUGCAUGCCAGUAUCUAUAGAGUCACUUUCGCUGCAGCCCAUUUGCGCAUUCGUUCUUCAAUCUGCUUUUAUGAGCUUGAAUGCAGUGUUCUAAUUGUCCUUGAUUUCCCCCAAAUAAAAAUUAUAAUCAAACCAGCUGGGUCAAGCCCAGUACCAGUCUCUCCCCCUUUUCUUUUAUAGUCUAUACGGGCAAGCGGGGUGUCAAACGAGGCAAGGGAUGGAAUAUUUAUUAACAACUUGAGAGAACAACGAUACUUUUUUACCUCUUCUUUUUUCAGGGUGAUCGUGGAAUACAGGUAAAAUGACAGUUCUUAAGAAGUAUCUUUUGCCCAAUUUGCGUUCUUCAGUUCAUUAUACUAUGCUUUAGACGCUGGUUUCCAUAAAGUAAGGUGCAAAUGAAUGCGUACCUUAUAAUUGAAUUGUAAGCGGGUGGUUGUGACGACCUGGGGAACUUAUUAUUUGAAGUCCUAUGCUCUUUCAGUUCCAGUUUGAGGUCUAACCAAAUCUAUGUUGCUUUGUUAUUCCUUGAGGUCAACCAGUUUGAACAAUUUGGAGGGAGUUACAUGCAUGUGAACAGCUCAGUGACGUUUGCACAAAGGUUGCAAAGGGUAGCCAGGCAAUGUCCACCCCGCUGCUAAUGAAACCCUCGUGCAGAUUUUAAAAUAUCAGGAUUUGAGUAACUUCUUCGCUGCUUUCUCUUACAUUUAGAACUCCUGCAUUCGGUUUUAUGAUAUGAUUUUAAUAUUUCUACAUGUGGUUGUAUUUAUUCAAUACACUGCUAACAAAUGCUUUUUAUUGCCAUUGAUUUACUCAGGGAACGGAAGGUCAACGGGUAAGUAAUUUCGUCAUCUUCAAAAGUAAUCGUUUUUUCAUCGAAAGGGCAUAAACCAAUUUUUUUUUAUACACCACAUUUUCCGCUGCUAUUAAUUCGAUUGGUGAUUGUGUCUUGUAUAAAAUAAAUUGCUUUCCACGUAUUGACAGCAUCUGAUUUAGUGUAGCACAUUUCCAUCACUCUUCUUUUCGAUAAUUGAGCAGCUUGAUAUAAUUUAAUUUUUCAGCACAAAUCAUGUGUAAAAUAUUGGUGAACUGUUUUGCUGAUGUACCACUUUUAGGAAGAUCAUUACGAUCUGGAGAGCAACAUGUUUGAACAUUGAUUGUGCCGACAUAUCCUGAAAUUUUUAUUUCAAUAAAUAAAAAAUAACUUAUUGGCCUUGUGCAUUGUGAUUCAGGGUCAUUAUAUGUAAGAGGUAAAGGUUGCUAUUUAUUUAUUCAUUUUGUUUUCUUUGGUUAUUUUCUGUCUCCAUGUUCAUAGGGUGAUCCUGGAGAGCCUGGAUCACCUGGUCCAUCGGUGAGUUUUCUUUCGUCCAAUCUUUAAGUCCAGUACAAGGGUAUUUUAUAGAAUAAUACCCUUGAUUGUAAGUUAGGAUCAAUGAUGAUCACUUGCUAUUUUUUUUUUUGUUUUUUUUUUGUGCUUCUUGAAAAAGCUUAUUCUAACCGGGAAGAGAGACAUAUACAAUAUAAGAAAUAUUUAUGGUUUAAUGCGUCGAUCAAUUCAAUGCGGGCAUAGACGACGGUCAAAUGCCCGUGGGUCGCCCGUGGCGGAUGUUGAAGCUUCGAAUUGAUCGGCGCUUUUAAGGCAGUGGGACCGAGAAGUUAGGGCGCUGUUCCUGUUCUCUAGGUGUUAACAACAGCAAUUGUCCUUAACCCAGAAUUCAUAUUUAACGUUUCUUCGUUUUCUCUGAAUUUCAGAUUGCCCUCAGCGAUCUUGUGGUAAGUAUUCAUUACAAAAAACUUCUUUUUUGAAUUUCAGACUUCUGCGUUUUGCCAAGAGAGGAUAAAUCCUCUGAUGGCAUGGCUGGCUGGUUAUGAAGAUCAUGAAACUUUUUUUAACUUUGUCUUUAUUUAUUGUUAUUUUUUAUCAGACAUCGUCAGGGUACACUGGCUUUGGAUCAUUGACGGAGGCACCGCAAGAUCCACCCCUUACGGCCGAAAAAGCGGGGACCGUAAAUCUUUAUAGAAGUAAAAAAUUGGUGAGGAUUGUUUCACUUAAUGGUACUUGGUUGUAAUUGAAAUUGCCUCGUCCCUAACUAAUCAUUUCAUGGAAAAAAAAGAGAAAAAUUGCACGGAUUUUCGAAAACCACCAAUGCUUUGCAAGCAAAUCAUGUCGGGCGAACAACGUGUUUCCUUAUUCGGCAAGAUGGUGCCAAUGCUGUGUUAUGAUUGGCUACACGAACGGGUUGGAUGGAAUCGCUUUUCCUGCUCGUCUUGUUUGUAUCUCGUUUCAUAAAAACUCAACAAAAAUGACUUUGUAAGCCGCCAGCCAUCGGCGAUGAAAAAUAACAAUAAUGUAUUUAAGAAAAAACAUAAGAGAACCAGGUCUGUAAUUAUUUUCGACCUCUGCAUGCUUUAUUGAUCUUCCACGUGAUCUAAUGUUAAUGGCGUCAUUCAUUUGUUUAAAGGUUGACGAUCCGGAGAUUGAUCCGGUAAGUUUGGGUAAACCCUUUAACUUCCAUGAGUAACCAAGACAAAAUUUCUCCUUACAAAAUCAAUACAAUAUCAACCAGACAAGUGAUGAGAAUAAAGAAAAAUAUUAACUAGGGGAUUAUUAGUUGAUCCAAUAGCAAAUUCUCUAAACAAACCUCACAAGAAUUAUGUGGUAGACAGUAAGGAGAAUUACUAAUGAGAUCUUGGGAGUUAGAGGGUUUGUUGGUUAUACCCUUCACACCCUGACUCUCCUGGCUUUUCUUUACUCAUCUCCUUGUCAAAUGAUAAAAAAAUUUUUCUAGUUAGCGAUCGUUUCCAUUAUUCUCAUGAAUUUGAGGUUCGAUUCAGCGGUGAUGCUGUAGUAAGAAAUAAAACGGCAAUCAUACCUAAGGUUUAAGGUUAAGUACUGCGAUAGUGUUCUUGUUACUCUUUUCUUUCAGUUUGUUAUUUACUAAUAUACAUCUUAUACCUGAUUUUUCAUUCCAGCUCUCAAACUUUGUCACUCUAGUAAAGAAGAAACUUACGAUGAUGAAAAAGCCAAACGGCACAAGUAUAUUUCCCGCGAGGACCUGUAAAGACUUGUACAUGUCAUAUCCUGACCUCCCAAGCGGUAUGAUAUCAUAAGAUAUUUUUACGGGGUUUUAAUAAAGAGUAAGAAUGAGAGUCGAAGGUAAUUCAGCAUGAGUUUUUUCUUUUUUUGCUUCAAAACCAAUCGUGAAUUGGAUAUUCUCGUUUUGCUGUGCAUCAGGCAGUUUGAGUGUUUCUACAUUUAGUUCCCUUCAGGAGCCCAUUACCCGGAGCCUCCAUAUCAAUUGUACCCUUGAGUCAACCUUGUCCCGUAUCUUUUUAUUUUUAGAACUGAGAUAUGUGGGGGUUCUUUAAUUUCCUGCGAAAACACGCUGACUUUCCGCGCUUUUCGCCAUUAUUGUAAUACUUUCGUGCGACCUGCAUGUGACCUAAACAAUAAAGGACCACAGCUCUCUUAUGAUUGGCUAUUUUGUAAACACCCGCGAAAAACCCCGUGGGAAGUGCUUCUAAAAAUAAAAUGAAACGGUACAGGGUUGACUCAGAGAGUAAGUAUGGAAGACGGAAGUUCCGGGUAAUGGCUUCUGUUCCCUUUGAUUACUAGUGCUAUUUUUCUUUCUCCCAUUGCUUACAUGAUAACUUUGGGUUUGGUUGUACAGUACAAAAUUGAGAUGUUCUCUAAGUUGAUCGAAUAGCUUCAAUUUUGAUUGAAACUAAGAUUAUUUACUUUUCCUUCGAAGGUUUUUAUUGGAUCGACCCUAAUGAUGGUCUACCUAACGAUGCCAUAAGGGUUCGAUGCGAACAGCCCUCUUAUUCAACUUGUCUCUACCCCAAGAGUGAUAGUGAGGUACGAAUUUCAUCGGGUUUAAUUUGCUUUUUUGCAACUUUAUUGAUAUGUAAAUACAUUGAACAGAAUGAGGAACGCUACUUUACGGUUAAACUUUAACCUGCUUGAGGGCGGAGGGGGGGGGGAAGAGUAAAAGAGGGUAUUCUACCUAGUAUACUACCUUAAGGAAAGAUGUUUUUCGAGAAAACACUUUUCUCUAUUUAUUUACUGAGCUUAAAACUUUCCAUCUUUCUUAUUCUAUCUACAAACAUGACGCUAUCGCUGAUCCUAGCAGUAUGCAGGACGCAUGUCAUAUGAACUUCAUAAUAGACCUCACUCACCGUUGAGUCUCUGUGGCUCAGUGGUAGAACAUCGGAGGGCGGAAUCCAAAGAUUUGAGGUUCGAUUGCUCAUGAGGACUCAGGAUUUUUUCUUUGUCCUACGUUUGUGACAAGAUGAAAAACAUAUUUCUAUAUUUUGUUACCGAGCUUACCAUCUCUGUUAUUCUAUUUAUACCACUUCGGUUGAUAUUUUACUUUCUUACCCCACUGCUUGAUAUUGUAUUGACUUUGCAAUAAGAAAUUGCACCUUGAUCUUUCCUGCGUGGGGUUGAAAGGGUUAAAGAGAUCUUAUGAAAGACGCUUUUGCUUAACGGUUAUGGCGCUGGAUUCCGAGGGUUGCUUCUUAUAGGGACGGGUGUUGGGGUAGUUUGGGGGGGAGGGGGGUAGGUGGGGGGUGGGGGUAGGUGGGGGGUGCUGAGGAUAAGAGGAAGUUUGUAAAAAAGUUAAUUGUUACAACUUCGUAUUAGAAAUUCCAAUAAGCCAUAUCGGAUCUAACACUCGGUGUUAAAACUAGAAAACGUUAAUAACGAUGGUUCAGUUUCGGAGCAUAAAUACUCUUUUGUACUUAACUCGCUGUUUUUGAAGCAAUAUACAGUCUGAUUGGCUGCAAGUUGUCACGUGGCCCUAGAUUCUUCUUUCCUAAUUGGCUACUUUACUAUACUGCUGUGUUUUAUUUAGACCUUCACAACUGAAAAAAAGAAAUGGUUCACUGGUGCUGAUGGUUACAAAUGGUUAGGAAAGGAUCUGCGCAUGCUUAAAAAUGUAGGUAGUGUUUUGCAGUCUGAGAGAGCUGCAAAGAGGAAAGAAAAGUCGUUUUUCUUUUCCUAUGAUAUUUUGUUCUUAAUCACAAUAUUGCUAACUCCUAUGUGCCAGAGCCAGAGCUUUACGAUUCAUUUUUUGACGUUUUCGCUUGACUCUGCUGAUAGCAGUCCUUUAGGUUUUCGAAACGUCAGUCACGACUACAGUGACCUGUUACAGGUGUUCGGUUAGUAUAAUGGGGCGAAGUAGUGACCGACUCGUCCCAAGCUUCCUCUGCAAAUAUCGCGCCCUUCAGGUUACAAUCGAGCUUCGUUUUUCUAACUGAAUGCCUAGAGCAAACUAUUACCACAGACAACAGUCUUUCUCAUGUCUAUUCUCACCCGGAGAGGAUCGUACAACACAAUUAUUCUCCUUGUCUCGUACCCAGACCUUUCACGGCCAAGCGGUUACAGUUAUACGGUAAGAUCUGGGUACGAGAUUAUUAUUCUACUUUGAUUGAAUGUUAUGGGAGAUAAUAAUGAUUUGAUAAUUAAUGGUAACUUAAGCUGUAAGCCUCAACUUUUUAGACGAACCUGUACAUAGAUUUCUGCAAAAGCCAUGCUACUUUUUGUUUAUGUUACGAAAACAAAUAAUGAUUUUAAAAAUAUCUUUAUGAUUAAAUAUUAAAAAGUGCUUUUUUUAAACAGCAAUAGGACCAAAUGGCGUCCAAUUCGGUCUGAAAACAUUCGAGUGAUUAACAAAAUCGGAUGAUUGCGAAUUUGAGUUUUUUAGUAAAUCGCGAGUUUGGUGAUAGCCGAUCACGUUCUAGAAUUUUAUUACAGUCUUGAUUAACACUGAAACUCCUGAUUUAAUUUUGCUGUAGAUUGAAUAUGUCAGCGAACCAAGCCAACUAGAAUUUCUCCGCUUGCUGAGUGACCGCGCCAGGCAGAGGAUCAUAUACAAUUGUAAAGACUCGGUGGCCUGGAGCGAUGAGAAAAACGAAUUUUCCAAAUCUGUCAAGAUUAAGGCUGACAAUGGAGUUGAAAUGCACGCAGAGUCUUCAAAUAAGUUUAAGCCCAAGGUCAUCCUGGAUGAUUGUGCGGUAAGCAGCUAGAUUGACAAAAAUAACGAUUAUAAUAAUAAUAGCAAUGAUAAUAGUAAUAAUGAUGGUAAUAACAACAAUAAUAAUAAUGUUUUCAUGUGCGCGUUUCAAGUCUCAUUGCGCUUACAUGUAAACUAUAAAAUCAGUUUCAAUGACUUUAUCGAGCGCUUCAUUGUUGGGGCUUAAAAUAUCGUUAAUGGCAACGAAAAAAAAGCAACCCUGGGUCCUUGGUCCUUUUCACUUUUCUAUAAUCCUUCGUCAGAUCCUGUCACAAGAUAUCUCGUUCACAGCCCCAGGAGAUGGUUAAUUUAUUAGACCUGAGAGCUGUUCACUAGGACACAGAUCUCAAUACUUAAUAGCAAAUCACGAUCUUACAAAUCCCAUCACUCGGAGCAGUGAUAAAUAUUUUGCUUAAUUUGCAGGUUAUUGAUUUUUUUUGCUCGUUUAUGAGGAUAUUUUCAGGUCAAAGAUGGAAAAUGGCACCACACGGUACUAGAAGUGGACACCCCCAAACCACACCGCCUUCCCAUUGUGGACAUAGCAGCUUAUGACAUUGGAGACAGCGGUGAAGAGUUUGGAAUAGAGAUUGAAAGACUGUGCUUCACUUAACAAAAUGUAAAGAGUCUUAAAAUAUUUCAUUUAUAGAAAUCUAUUUGUGUUUAUUACUACAAUUCAAACGAUUGGUUUUCUUCCUCCUAGAAUUUAUUUGAAGUCACUUAGAGUAUAGAACACGAGAAUAACUUUUCAUCGUAUCUCGCUGCUGUGAGUUUGUUUCGCUCUAUUAGAAAGAAUUUGCAUCUGCGAGGUAUCACUAUUGGUCAAAACAACUCCAUUUAAAGCCGUUUUCAAUUGAGAGUCAUAAAACCAAAACCAAGGUGAUCACAACUACCAAUAAAAAAAGAGCAACAUCAUCAUUAACCAAUGAGAACUCAGCGACCUGCUUUAUGCGUGGGAAAACACCAGUGACGAAGUUUGGAUUUGUUUUACUUUUGCAUUUAAUUGGUUGAGAGGGUGGGACAAGUUUUCUGGACCAAUCAAAAGGCGAAGUAAAGCAAACCCAAAGUAGUCCAGGAUCAUUCACGAUACUCUCUUGGAAAAUGUUCCAAGCCACUGCAACUACGAGUGUAGGUUUUCUCCCAGAAGAUUUUACUUUACAGUGAUUUUUUUGUCUUGUAAAAAGUUCUCCUUUGCAGGGAAGAUAGAAAAAAUAUGGCCAUUUUUCGUUGACAAAUAUCUCAUUAAUGUUUAUGUGACUGCAGAAGCUUCCGCGAAACGAAGAUGCUUUUCAAUUCAUUUAGAAACAUCAAAAAUGUUGUGCUUAUACCCAAGGGUAAGCUUAUGUAAGCUGAUAGAAAUGAGUUAUUCUGCAAGUUCUUAAAAUGGUUGUUUUUCUUCCUGAAUCUGGUGUUCAACAAUAAAGAUUGACACUUCUUUUAGGAUUUCUUGCCACUUGUUUCGCGUGGCAGUUAUUUCAAGUAAAGUUGCAUUAAUUUCAAUCAUGGGCAUGCCAAGACAAUCAUUUAGCAGGGCUACGGUCAGGAGCUAAUGGAAGAAGAAAAGAGUGUUCUUGACCGACAUAUUGUUGCUGUAAUGGUCAGAGUGCGAAAGAGUUAUGGCAAGAAUUCCCGAUGUUUUGUAAGUACCUUCCUCCAAAUCGAUUCGAAGAAAGUUCAAUAUCAUUGCAGUAUGGUCAGACCAAACAUGAUCUUUCUAUUGACAUAAUUAAAUAAUUUCUCGACAUAAUGUGUCGUUCUUCGGUCUCAGAUAUACAAUUAGAGAGGUGCGGUUUCCCUCACGGGAAGAGUUUUAUAGCGCUAACAUUUGAAACAGCACUAACGAACUAACGAACGUAAACUUUAGGGUGUGUCCAUUGCCAUCGAACGAAACAAAACAACUGUCUUGUCGUUUAAUGUAUCAGUGAAGUCAGCUAGACUGAUUUAAUGGUGCAAACAAAGAUGUAUUUAAAAUGCUAUAUUUCCAUCGUGGAGUUUUUUUCUGAACAUUGUAAAUGAAAAAAUAUAUAUAAAGUUGAGCUCGAGUUACUUUCAUUAGACGCCCUAUUUCUUUUUUGUCGGUAGUAAAUUGAACUUUUAAUUAUUUUAUUAUCG